AUGACUUCUGUUAGCAAUUCAUCACUUUCAUUUACAUCAUCAUCUUGUUCUUCGUCACCAUCAUCAAGGACAACUUCCCCUAAACCACCACAGUCACCACCUGCUCUGAGCUCACCACUGAGAUGGAGUCUAAAAUAUGAUGUGUUAGUGUGCCAUAGCUCAGAUCCCAGUGACACUGAGGAGGCUGUACACCUGGUCUCUUUUCUGGAGGCCCACAGUCUUCGGUGCUUUCUUGUGCACAGGGACACAUGUCCAGGAGGUGCAUUUUCCACAGAAUUAUGUGAGGCUAUACAGAACAGCCACUUGAGGGCUCUGCUCAUCACUCCUAACUUCCUGCAGGAUGAAUGGUGCAUGUAUAUGAUGCACCAGGCACUGUCAGAGGGGCCAAUGUCUAAUCGCAUGCUUCCACUGGUUCAUAACCUGCCACACUCUCAGUACCCUCAGGAACUCAAGUUUCGCUUCUACUUCGACCUUGGCAAGCAUCCUGACCAAUGUUAUACUCGUGUCAGCAACACUGUGGUACAAUGUGAGUAA